AUGAGUUGGAAUCGUUAUCAGCAGGACUCUGGGAGAUCUAGCCAUGGCUGGCAGAGUAGAGGCUCUGGAGGUUGGAAUGAGCAUCUGCACCAAGGAUCGGACCCUGUAUAUACCAAGGGUGCUUGCAAAAAUAAUGGAAGAGAAGGGGCCCGAGGAGGUAUAGGUGUCUUCUGGCCAGAAGCCAAUGAUCUAAACACAAGUAGUACAUAUUCUGGACGGCAGACAAACCAAACUGCUUCAUUAGAAGCAGCUACCAAGGGGAUUGAGCAAGCUAAGGCCCAAAACCUUCCAAGAGUCACUGUGUACUCGGAUAAUCAACUUGUCACCAAAGGAAUGAAUGAAUGGAUUAACAAAUGGAAAGAAAAUGAUUGGAAAACAAGUAGAAAUACGGAUGUUGUCCACAAAGACCACUUUGUUAGGUUGGAUGAAAUGACUCGGGACAUGGAUGUUGACUGGAAGUAUGUUCCUGCUCGUUCAAAAGGAGGCAAUGCUGAAGCUCACAAAUUAGCUAGAGAAGCUUAUAGAAAGUGAGAAGGCUCAGUAUUUGUGGGUGUUGAAUUUAACUGCAAUAUAUAAUCUCCAGAUUUUCUUCCUUGUCUUGGAGCUGUUCCAUGGUUAGCUUUGACCAUUUUCUUCAUAUACUUAAAAGAUUUUUCUCUGUGCUAGUUUGUUUCUUUUAAAUAGUUGAAAUAAAAGGAAGGCAACCAGA